ACGCGUGGGAAGAAUCGAAUCUAAAACGCGGAAACGGAAAAAGGUAACCGUGGCCAUCCGUAGCACCUUGGCGAGGAGUCGAAAUCAGACAAAAGUUUGCUCUUCUCCCCUGCGUGGGGGCUCACAGAUCGGAGGGCUCCAAGAACUGGGGCUUUUCUAAGUAAUGCACGCGGUUCUAGUGCUGUAAUAAUCGUAGAUUUGCUCUCAAAGUGAACGCAGAGCUGGUCCCAGUCGAGUCGGGAACUCAAAGUGGGUGACUCAGCCAUGUACAGUGGGUCCAGUGAUGGCGAGAGCCACGAGGCCGUGCAGAGGAGGAUCCCGCCGGCUGCUUCAAUGCCUUGGGUCCGAAACCUUCGCCGGUUCAUCGGAUCCGGUGACGGACUCGGAUCAGAAGCCUUGAUGGAGCUUGAAACGAAGAGAAUCUUGCUUGAUAUAUUUAAAGAGAAGCAACAAAAAAGUGCUGAAGCUGGCACAAUCCCAAGUUUCUAUAAGAAGAAACCUGAAGAAGGAUCCAUUAGCCACAGGGUUCAGAGGCUGGCAAAGUAUCGAUUUUUAAAGAAGCAAUCUGAUCUAUUGCUUAAUGCUGAUGAUCUAGAUGCAAUGUGGUUUUGUCUAAGAGAAAAUUGUGUAAUUGAUGAUGCUACUGGUGCGGAGAAGAUGAAUUAUGAAGAUUUUUGCCACAUUGCCUCUGUAUGUACAGAGCAAAUAGGGCCCAAAUGCCGACGCUUUUUUAGCCCUUCAAAUUUCAUGAAAUUUGAGAAAGAUGAGUCGGGAAGAAUUGCCAUUCUGCCAUUUUACCUUUAUGUGAUGCGCACGGUAUCGCUUACACAGGCCCGAAUCGAUAUGAGUGAACUUGAUGAGGAUUCUGAUGGUUUUCUACAAGCUCAUGAAAUGGAAGCCUAUAUACGAGGCCUUAUUCCUAAUUUGGCACAAUUACGGGACAUGCCUGCUGCCUUUGUUCAAAUGUAUUGCCGCAUAGCAGCACACAAAUUUUUCUUCUUUUGCGAUCCUCAUAGACGAGGCAAAGCCUGCAUUAAAAAAGUGCUGCUAAGUAACUGUCUCCAGGAACUAAUGGAACUGCACCAGGAAAGCGAGGAAGAAGUUACUGACACUGAGCAAGCUGAAAACUGGUUCUCCUUGACAUCUGCUCAACGCAUAUGUGACAUGUUUCUUGCCCUUGAUAAAGAUAUGAAUGGAACAUUGAGCAAGCAGGAGCUUCGAGAGUAUGCAGAUGGGACACUGACUGAAAUUUUCAUUGAAAGGGUAUUUGAUGAGCAUGUUCGCCGUGGAAAAAGUGGUGGAGGAAAUGCUAGGGAGAUGGAUUUUGAAAGCUUCCUGGACUUUGUACUGGCCCUAGAAAACAAAGACACUCCAGAAGGUUUAACUUAUUUGUUUCGGUGUCUUGAUCUUAAUGGAAGGGGUUUCCUUACUACAGCCGAUAUUCACUCUCUAUUCAGGGAUGUACACCAGAAAUGGAUCGAUGGCGGGAACUAUGAAUUGUGCAUCGAGGAUGUAAGGGAUGAAAUUUGGGAUAUGGUAAAACCAGCAGACUCGCUGAGGAUUACACUGGCGGAUCUACUCAAUUGCAAACAGGGUGGGACUGUAGCCAGCAUGGUUAUCGAUGUUCGUGGUUUCUGGGCACAUGACAACAGAGAAAAUCUUCUCCAAGAAGAGGAAGAGCCAGAAGAAGAAUGACAUGUAAACUGCCCCUGCACUAACAUAAAACUGGUGUCUGAAUCCGACUGUAAUAUUAAUAUCGUUAUAACUAUGAUGCGUUUCUGCUCUUCUUUCUAAUUGUAGAUUUUUCUAUGUACGUUAAUGUUUUUCUUUUUAAGCAACUGAAUAUAUUAAUGUGGUUUUCAUUA